CGCCGUCCUGGUAGGGAUAAACCAUCUGGCUUCACCGGUGCCCUCACAACGUCUGGUCUCUCUCGACGCGACCGAUCCGGAUUCACGCACUCGCCGGCGGUCCGGUUAAAACCAUCGAACUCUCCGAAUCUCGUUCACUAAACGGAGAACCCCCUCUCGUCGUUCGAAUGAUCCGGGGAACUGUUAUGUUUAUGAAGUGCGAGAGUCCUUCGUCGCGCGCGUCUUUGGUUUAGUGUUACGAGAAGUUAAGUUUCUGGAUUCUGAGACUGAGACCUGUCAAGAUUCAGACUUGGUGCAAUUGGUUGUUUUUUUCGGGAGGAAAAGAAUUUCCCCAAUCUCGGUUUUCGACCUAUGUAAAGUGAUCCGCACGAAACAGCAGAGAGGCAUUUCUCAUCUUCGUCCAAGAUGACAGAGAGACCAGCCUCGACAGAGGCUCGUUGGUUCCAGAUUCGCCUUGUGGAAAAAAGACGUGAUUCGAGAAUGGAUUUUAGUUUCUGAAGACACAGAAUUGGUGUAUCGACACGGACAGAAUUGUUAUUGCUGAUCGAGUCAGUGAGCGAAGUCAGUGAAAAAUUCGCGGUGGAAUGUUGCAUCUCAAACUGAAGAGAAAAAGACGGUGAAUUAGCGAGAAAAAAAAGUUGAGAGGAGAAAUGAAUAUAUCUCGGUAAGUUCUUCCGUCCUGUGUAUAAUAUAAAUGAUACCAGCGUCGGUAUACAUGCGUAGAAACAAAAUGGCCGCCGUUCAACGGGAAAUUUAUUAGGUGGUCCAGAUCAAACUCGUUGUGCGAUAAAUUUAAACGCUCGCCGCGCUCCUCGAACUCUCGAAUCCAUCGUAAUCUAGUCCUCCGAAAAAAAGAAACAAAAAUCAACACAAAAACUUCUCUCUCCGAAUUAAUCUUCUCCAUCCCCGACAUUCCAUCCCCAUCAUUCAUCUCGCGAAACGCUGUAAAAACUGCGUGAGACGACUCGAUGAAGACACCCGUCGUUUGAAACGUAAAAUUAUCUUUUCUCGCGGAAGCCGAUACCAAGCGCCGAGUUCUCGCGAGGAGACCGAGGGACCAUGUCUGAACGCGGCGACAGCGACGUGGACGCGACGGAGGAGAUCAACGUGGACGACUCGGAUUCUCGUAGCUGCAGUCCGCGAAAUUACGCGAGCCACGACGGCCGUCACGUGUCCCAGGAGACGUCCGAGUGCUCGACUUCGCCACCCCCGAGCCAAACUGGCGCGAGAACGUUGCCGAGCGACUCCUCCCGGAGCCACCCGUUCAGCAUAAGUCGUCUGCUGGGUGACAGCGGCGUCCGGAACCCACCGAAAAGUCCAGGCUCCUCGGAGGAGCCGGACAGCGACAAGGAGAGAAAAUGGUCCUGGGAGGAGGGCAACAAUAAUAACAAUAACAACAACCACCAGACGUCCCUGGGUGGCAUCCUGGAGGAUGGCAGGCGGUCCUGGGGCCACGACGCCGAGGAGAAGCUGUCGGAGAAGGACGACGACGACAGUACGCCUGACACUCGCGCCAACUCGUCCUCGUCCGUUCACUGCGCGUCGGCGGCGGAUCUUCUCGCACCCUUCCGACUCUUCCCUACCGGUACCAAUCUUAUUUACACCGGCGGCGGUGUUAUAAGGGUACCGGCGCACCGGCCGCCGGGCGCGAACGGUGCGCCGACCGGCGCUCUACCUGCCCAGACCCUGAUACCACCCUGGAGCCUCCAGGCCCUCCAGCACAGUCAGCAACAGGCCGCGGCGGCUGGUCUCCACAGGGCGAGUCUCUUGGCGAACCUAGCCGCGCAUCCCCUACAGCCGCAUCCUCAUCUCAAGGAUAGACUAGCAGUCGCCGGAGCAUUUCCGAGGCGGAUCGGUCAUCCCUAUCAGAAUCGAACGCCGCCGAAGAGGAAGAAGCCAAGGACUAGCUUCACGAGGCUGCAGAUCGCCGAGCUGGAGAAGCGUUUUCACAAACAAAAGUACUUGGCGUCCGCUGAGCGGGCGGCCCUGGCCAAAUCUCUAAAGAUGACGGACGCGCAGGUAAAAACCUGGUUCCAAAACAGGCGGACGAAAUGGAGGAGACAAACGGCGGAGGAGCGAGAGGCCGAGAGGCAGGCCGCGAAUCGGCUGAUGCUGUCGUUGCAGGCCGAGGCCCUGGGUAAGGUGGCGUACCCGACGACGGUGUCCGGACAUCCGGGCGGCGCGCCGGUCUCCGGUCUGGACAGCAGGCAACAGUCGUCGGCGACGGCGUUGACCCAUCCCGGGGUGGGCCAGUGGGCCUCCCCCUACGGUCCACCGCAGCCUCUCGCCGAGCCAAUUUGCUGAAGCGCGACGACGAGCCAGGACGGUCUCGCCGAGUGAAUCGUCGCGUCUUCUUUACGAGCUCAGAGAUCGGAAGGGAAAAUCGGAACGAGUCGGAGAUAUAUAUACCGAUAUAUCCCACGCUCGUGUCUCUCCAUUUGUCAAUUUCGAUCUACGUACACAUCCAAUUCCGUUCCUUCAUUCGCUUCGCGAGAACACGACGGGACACUCAUUCGCUCAUCGACCGAUCGAUAUAAGGUAACAACGAUAGAGAAGAUUUUUGUCUUUUUUUUCCUAGAAUAUAAUUACGAAACGUAGGCUACACUCUAGAGCAUUGCCUUCCUUCUGCCUUACGAUAUUUAGGCGACCACCAUGAACACGAACGUCCUAAAGAGCACCGCGAAAUCGAACACAUUGUAUGUACAUUGCCUUACGCAGCACGUACUCUCGGAAGCUGCAUUUUAGCCGCGGCUCCGAGAUUUUGCCAUAUUAUCGUCACGGUUUAAGCAGUUAAGCAGCCGCGCGGCCGAUAUAUCGUCUACACACGACACGAUAAUCGUCGUGAAUUUAUCAUGUACGAACACAAUCGAAUCGCGUUAAAAGCGUUUUCCGUUCUUCCUCGCGAGAUGAGAUUGUGUCGCAAUUAACCUCCCCGGUUGACGCGACAUUAUCGACAUGUACGUGUCUCAAUUCGACGAGAUUGAGCCGCGGGGAGCGAGAGAAAUCCUUUCCGAACGCGUUAUUUCCAGAUCUCACGUCAAAUGAAUCCGGACGUUUCGAUAAUGUCCCCACCGUACUGACCCACUCGGUCUUUUCUAAAGGGAAGCUCUGCAUCGUUAUGCAUCGCGUCGAGAGAAGGCAUCCAUCGAUUGCGAAAAAAGCGAAGGUCCGUAUUUACAUCCUCAUUCAACAUCGCAUUUCACGCUGGAUGUGAGCCGGAUAAAUUCUAAAUUUUAUCGUAAAAUGCACUAGCGAAUAAUGAGUUAUUAAGAAAUAAAAAUAUUGUUGAAAGAGAAAGGGAGAGAGAGAUUUAAUUUUUCUUUUAACGAGUAAAGAUAUUUUUCCAUCAUAAAGAAAAAAUGUGAAUGCGGGCCUAACAGGAACAGUUGACAUGACAUAUCUGUGUACAUAUUAGGCGCCAUAGUUGUAAUUAGACAUUAUACUUGUACGAUAUGAAAUAUACUUGUAUACGCAAACAAAAAACGCUGUCGUGCCAACGUAUCGACGGCGUACGUUCUCUUUGAUUGUUAUAUGCGUCCUGUAUAUAUUAAAUUUGCGCAACAACGCGGCAAGAAAUGCAAUCAAGAUUACAUUAUA